AUGUUUCAGACGGAAUCUUCUCUGUGCUUGAACUCAAGCAUUGCUGAAAACUACCUGAACUGGUUGGGAGUGGAUUGGGAAAUGGCUGUAGAAAGGGAGGAGAAUGAGCUUAGCGAGGCAGUUAGAGGGCUGUUUGCAACAGUGAGAGGGGAACUGGCAACAAUGAGGGAGGAGCUGGCAGUAGUGAAGGGGGAGGUGGCGGCAGUAGUGGCGGAGAAGGCGGCACAGGAGAGUGAACGAGGUACAGAACCUAUCUUUCCUGCCACAACCCCCCUCCCUCCUCUAAUCCUGCUCCCUGAAUUCAUCCUCUCCUCCUGCUACAACUCACUGUGCAGGCGCACGCCCUGCAUUGGGCUCGCCCCAUCAGUCAUGGCUUGGAUGACUGCAGUGGCCAUGCUGCUGCAAAGGCUGCUGCUCGCCCUCCUUCUCGCCAUUGCCAUCAGCAUCACACCAAUUGGCACAGCUGCCCUCACAGCUCUCCUGCUGCCCUCACAACUCUCCUAUUGCCCUCACAGCUCUCUUGCUGCCCUCACAGCUUUCCUGCUGCCCUCACAGCUCUCUUGCUGCCCUCACAGCUUUCCUGCUGCCCUCACAGCUCUCCCGCUGCCCUCACAGCUCUCUUGCUGCCCUCACAGCUCUCCUGCUGCCCUCACAGCUCUCCUGCUGCCCUCACAGCUCUCCUGCUGCCCUCACAGCUCUCCUGCUGCCCUCACAGCUCUCCUGCUGCCCUCACAGCUCUCCUUCUGCGUAAAGCUGGAAGAGACAAGGAAGGAGUUGGAGGAGGCUGAGAGGAAACGAGUGUCGCAGAUGGGUGAGGUGAGAGGGCAGAUGGAGGAGAGGUGGGAGGAUUUGGCAGCAGUAAAGGGAGAGUUGGGUGCAGUGCAGGGGGAGCUGGCAGCUAUGAAGAGGGAUCUGGCUGAACACAAGGAUGCUAUGGCAGAGCAAGUGAAGGCUAGAAAGGAGUUGAGUGAGAUCAGGGAUAAAUUGGCAGCAUUGAGAAGAGACUUGAGGAGGCAAAAGGACUUUGUGAAAAGACAAUUGGAAGAGGCUGAGAAAAGACACACAGAGAACUUCAUAGAGCUGAGAGGACAGGUGGAGGAGAGGAAGAGGGAGUUGGAGAAGGCUGAGAGGAGACGAGUGGCGGAGAUGGACGUAGAAUUGGCAGCAGUGAAGUGGGCGUUGGCUGGGCACAAGGAUUCUAUGAUAGAGCAACUGUGUAUGGCUGAGAGAAGAAGGGAAUCUGGUUAG